AUGCGAUACGCUUCCAAAGGUCCCUAUGGGCCGGCGUCCCCUCCAACUUUGGAGAGACUUGAACAGGCUACACACGGUGAGGCUACAGCAGUUUGCACUGGACAAUACCCUGUCCCUAAGGCUGAGGCCAGGGCGGGGAAGGACGUAGUAAGUGAGACGUAA